GAUCGAAGCAAGCGUCCAUUGUGUUUAGAAUGGGCGCCGCUAAUUCGCUGGCGAUUCGUGUCGCUCAAUUCAUGUUAUUGGACCCUUUUGCCUGCUCCUCCGAAGCUCCGAGUUAACAAGCAUAAAGUACAGCGAAAUCGUCACACGUAUAUUUUAUUUUUCUAUACACGAUGUACCGAUCAGUCAGUUCGCUGGGGAUGAUAAAAAUUGUCCGGUAAGGCAAAAUUAACGAUCGCGGAACGAUACUGCCGUUCCAAAAUCUGGCUUUUCCAUCCUCCGAUCGAGUCAUAUAUCGGGGUUCACAGCUUCGGAAGAGUUUGUUAACCAGUGGCGCGGAACGCGCUGUAAAGUAUCCCGGUAAUACUCGAGAUAAUUUCCCUGCAAAGGAAUGAAAGGAGAACAAUUCGUUGUACGUAGAUCGAGCCGCGAAGCGCGAGUUUUUUGCUCACGGUUUUUGCUACGCAUUGCGGCUAUACAGCGUACAGCGCGCGAUACGCGUGGUAUACUUAUUAGCAUAUCGCAAAUUAACUCGAUCACCUUGUAAAUUUAUCUUUCCCUCCCGUCAAUUUGUCACAUUAGUCGCGUAAAAAGGAAAAGGAAAAAUAAGGGAGAAAACAAUCGCGAGCUACGCAGCGAGCGACUUUCCAAUAAUUCUCGCGCGAUUUUCAGUGUGUAACAACAGCGACGCGAUAUAAUUCUUCAUUCUUUCAUUCGCUGUCGGUCGCAUAUCAUCCUGAAGCGAGGCGAUUAGCCGUGAAUAGGAAUGAACGAUGAAUGACGACCGGCGCGACAGCAUGGGCCCGUAUCUCUCUCGGUCCUCCCGAUGCACAGGUCGCGUCUUUUUGUGCUAACGAGACGGGAAGGAGCCGAACCGCAGGUUGCGAGUUGUUGCGAUCCCGUCUCGAGGAAGCUAUCGCCGCUGCCGCACCGUUCUCGGCUUGGCGAGUCACAGAGACUCCAUGCGGCCUGAUUGCUGCCUUUGCCAGAGAAAACGACGCCGAGAAACUGCUCCAACGCGACGAUCUAGGCCAAGUGUUCGGUACACCUGUACAGGUAGCACGAUUCUCAGCGAAAGACUCCCGGUAUCCCGGCCAAGCUGUACUACUGAGAGGCGUGCCGUGGGCUAUACCGCUCCAGGAUAUCGAUUCGGCCCUGACGAAGCAAGGAAUCGUCGUCGGAAAUGUCGAACGCGCGAGGCAAUUUGUUCGAGUAGAGGUUCUCGACGCCGGUCACUACGAGGCCCUACUGCGUCGAGGUCUGGACUUCUUCGGAGCGGCCCGUUUCAACGCUGUCCCGGAGCGCUGGUGGCGCGGUAGCAACAGCACCGGAUGCCCCAGCAUACCCUCGCAAUGUGUACUGAGGCAAGACUGUAACACCUCGGCGACGUCGGACGACGGCGGACAAGUCGCCGACGGGGUAUUGCAGUGCUACCGUUGUCAAGGUUUCUGGCACGUGGCUGCCAACUGCCGACACCUUCCACGUUGCGUCCGCUGCGGCGAGCCACACAGCGUCGAAUUCUGCCCAAGACCGCGCAACAACCCUGUGUGCUGCCACUGCUCCGGAGCUCAUCACGCCGGAUAUAAGCAAUGUCCAGUCAGAUUGCAACUGUCCAACGCGACGCCCGUGAGCAUUACGUUGAACACGGCUCAUACGGGAGGUCAAUAUCCAGCGAGCGCCGUGAACAAAUCGAACCACCCUCGCUGGGACAAUUCGCUGAGGCAAGGCCACUGCUAAGGGAGAUCGAACGUUCAACAUCAAGCAAAAUUAUACACACCGGAACCUAUCGACGUGCAGGUCAUAAGCAUGUUUCAGCACCCGCUUUCGUAACCCGCUUCGGGGUCGAACAGUCGAGCACACAUUGCAUUGCUCCUGGCGUUGCGCAACCAUAUUUAUCGUUAUUAGCCGCGGGCGAAAUUUCGCGAUACCGCGUAUGAAAGUGAAAAUACGUUGUAUAAAUAGUGUCGAGAAGCUCUUUCUCCAUCGAGAGAAAUUUAACGCUCCACGUGGUACGUAACGCACAACGUGAGACAUAUUUUACGUUUUACACACGCAAGAGUAGAUUGUGCCGCCGCUUCUAACGGCGCUAAAACGGUGGCUCAUUUACUGGCACUACAGACAGUACAAUCUCGUGUACAAUGCUUUUUCUUUUUUCUAGAUAAAUCCACAAAAUAUACA